GCCGUUACGGCUGUCUGUUUUUCUGUUCCCUGGGGCACAGUGUUUUCAACAGGACUCAACUUGCUCCGUACUGCACUCGCUAUGGCGGCUUGACUCAGACUCAACUAUCCUCCCUCCGCUGUAGUUUCUUCCAAACAUUUUCACAAACUUUUCUAGACAAACUAUCGGUGUUUUUAUGUAAAGUUUAUGUCAAGAAACAAGGAUGCAACCCCCACCGAGAAAGGUAAGGCUCAUCCAGGAGCUGAAACACAUUCAGGCUGAACAGAUGAACCAGCUACAGGUCAAACACCAGACUGAAUGUGACCUGCUGGAAGACCUGAGGACUUUCAGUCAGAAGAGAGCGGCCGUAGAGAGAGACUACGCCCAGGCUCUCCAGAAGUUGGCAAAUCAGUAUCUGAAGAGGGAAUGGCCUGAGAGUGUAGCAGAGACACAAGCAGACCACGGGAGCAUGUUCUGUGUAUGGAGGGCCUAUUUGGAAGGAACAGUCCAGUCCGCCCAGUUUAGACUCGGCGCCUGUGACAACUACAAAGCCCAGGUCGCAGACCCGGUUAAGACGGCGCGACUUCAGAAGGAGCAGCAGCUCAGGAAGUGCGUCGAGCAGCUGACGGUGAUCCAGGCUGAGCUGCAGGACUCGGUGAAGGAGCUGACCAAGAGCAGGAAGAAGUACCAGGAGGCCGAGAUGAUGGCGCAGGCUGUCCGAGAAAAGACCGAACUGGAAACCAAGUCCAAACUAAGUCUCUUCCAGUCCAGAUCCAGUCUCCAGAGGGCCACCAUAAAGCUGAAAGCCAAGAGGAGCGAGUGUAACUCCAGAUCAACCCACGCCAGGAACGACUACCUUCUGACGCUAGCAGCCGCUAACGCUCACCUGCAGCGGUACUACGCCACAGACCUGAUGGACUGCAUCAAGACCUUAGAUGGAAGAAUCCACGAGCAGGUGAAAGAUUACCUGGUGUCACUUUGUCAGACUGAGCUGGAAACAUACCAGAGUGUCCACAACACCUUCAACCAGAUCCUGAGCAGCUCCGGCGGGGUCCUGCAGGAGCUUCACCAGCAGGUCUUUGUGCAGAAGAACUCCAUGUUUCAGCAAGCCUCGGGUUUCUUGUACCAGCCAGUGGACUCAGACACGGUGAUGCAGCUGCAGAGGGAAAGCGGAACGGCAGAGGAGCACAGUUUAGAUAAGGAGGCGAGGAAGUGGGCGAGCCGUGUGGCCCGGGAAUACAAGAGUAUUGUCCACACGCAAAGGGCCCUGGAGGAGUACGGGACUCAUGAGACGUCGGAGCAGAACAGCAGCGAUCUGGAGACCAAGAUGGAGGUGGCGAGGCAGAGUCUUCGGAGGGCAGAGACCGUGAAGGUGAAAGCAGAGGCCCGGCUGGACCUGCUGAGGCAGGCUGGCGUCGCUGUUGAAACGUGGCUGAAGAGCGCCAUGAACCAGGUGAUGGAGGAGCUGGAGAACGAACGCUGGAACAACCUCAAUACCCACGAUCCUUCACUCUCCGGAACGGCAGAUUUGGAUCGAGAGGAUGAGGAGGAGAUGGAGGACAGUGGGGAGGUGUUGGAUGACAGCAGCUCCAGCCCCUCCAGCACCCUGAAGAACUACCCGCUCACCUGCAAAGUGCUCUACUCCUACAAGGCAUCUCAGCCAGAUGAGCUCACUAUAGAGGAACAGGAGAUCCUGGAGGUCAUUGACGAUGGAGACAUGGAGGACUGGGUCAAAGCCAGAAACCGCAGCGGACAGAUUGGUUACGUCCCAGAGAAGUACCUGCAGCUUCCUUCCUCCAACAGCUUACUGAGCAUGCUGCAGUCUCUAGCUGCGCUGGACGCUCGAUCCCAUUCCUCCAGUAACUCGACUGAACCUGAGACCGAACUCCCGACCGGCUCAGUUAACGGGGACUCCGGCGCGGUGUCAUUUGCGAAGGCCUUGUACGACUAUGCGGGACAAACGGACGAAGAGCUGUCGUUUCCAGAAGGCGCCAUCAUCCGUAUUCUGAAUAGAGAGACCCAUGAAGACGACGGCUUCUGGGAGGGCGAAUUUAACGGCGUCGUCGGCGUCUUCCCUGCGGUUCUGGUGGAGGAUCUGUCGGGUGUUGGUGAGAACGGAGGUGGACAGAGAGAGAGCAGCACACAGGCUUCUCUCUCCGCUUUGGUCCAGUGCGACCGCUCCCCCUGUAGUCCCUUCCAGUCUGUGCCUCUCCACAGCAGCCCCCUCCAAACCCCCACCACAUCCUCCCCUGGAUCCAGCCCCUGCAGCACCACCAGCUCUCCUGUUGGCCGACCGCCCUCCUACCACAACGGACACCACAGGCCACCCUCCGCUUCACACAAGAGCCCAUAUCACAGUCCAGCUCAAGGAUCCCCCCAACCUCCCAAAUAUCCAGAGAGCGGUGCCGGCACCCUCCGACCUGUCCGUGCUGCUCCUCCGCCUCCGAAGCAGCAUCCUCGUGGGCAGGUGAAGCGCCGAGAAGAGGUGGAGAUCACGCUGGUGUGAAGACGUGCCUCCGUUGUGCCUCAAGGCAGGAGAGGCCCUGCGCUCAGACCUGACCCGGGUCUGUGUGCUGGAGAGGAAGGUUGUGCCUUUAAAUCCCAGAUAUUCACCCAGAUUUACAAAACGCUCAGUCCAACAUCCAGCUGCUCCAAUUGGAUGUAAAGCAUGUUCUGUCCCCCAAAAAGGAAAAAUGAACCUGGUGCUAUUGGAGAGAUUUAUUCCUUUAAUCAUGAUUUCAUUUCAGUAACCUGGUUUUAGAAUUUCCCCUGAAGCCAUUUUGACAUUUGGAGGCGAUUAGCUUAAGACUAAGCAGGAAGCUAAAGUCUUCGCUCUUUGUAAAGGUCCCUCAGAGAUAUGAGCUGAACUCUGGCUGAUGUCUAAACUAUCUACACACGUUUAUUCUGGAGGUUGGGACUUGGUGACCCCUCACAUGCACUCUUAAAGGUUAGGAACUCUGAAAAGCCAUUUUAAAAUGUUUUUUUUUCUGAUUAUAAUCAGUAACUUGAGUGUUUCGUGCAGGCUGAACAGAAAAUAGUCUCCUACACCUAUCCUGCAGUAGCUUCUGAUAGAAAACAGACGGUGAAACUCUAGGAUUAGAAAAUCUUCACAGAUCUACGUCGUACUGUGAAUCUUCAUUCAUGGACUCACUGAUAUCGACUCACGACGAGGAAUGCUGUUGUUUUAACGUCUGGUAAUCGGCAGCGGACAUUUUGGCUAGUUUAAGCUAAUUGUUAGCAUUAGCAACUCCACCUCACGGCUGCUCCAGGCUUGUGGUAUUUGUGGAGGACAUCAGCGUUGCUCGUCAGUGGUAGAGUUGAGUUGCUGUUAUCCGAUCCGGGGUCAGAUUUCCAAAUAUCAGGAAAUAAGACUCAAAAUCCUGCCGUCUGAAGCUCAGCUGUAACGUUGCAGGCUUGGUCCUGCUGAGGCAGGGGCCUGUGGGCUUUUUGUGCCCUGAGUACUGCCUGCAAGACAUUCAUUCUUACUAGAGACCACCGCGAAUGUAUUGAAUGAACGAGUAAUCCACACCUUAAGGUCAAAGCUAAUCUCUCCACAGUUUCAUUUUUAUUUUUUAUCUCUGCAGAGAACACAAAUCUUUUCUGCAGAGAACAAAUAAACAAAGUUGUUCCCCUGAUUGAUUAAUUUGUGGGCAUUAGUAUUUUUCUAUCCCCUCGUAAUCAUAUUGAUUGAGUUUUAAGGGUUUUUAUUGUUGUAAAGGGAUGGCUUCUCAUGGAGCUACACGUGACUCCGACACAAAUCUCUGCGGCGCCAGCACGGGCGAGGCCGGUCCUCUCCAGCGACACACGUAGCCGGAAACGGCUUUACACAAACAAGGGAAAAGUGGCAAUUCUACUUGUGAUUGUUCCGUCAUUAGGAAUGAUCAGAUAACGGAUCUUUCAUCCUUCAGUACGUUAGUUCUCUUUGCUCCAUGUCUUUAGAAAACACACAAUAGUCUAACUUGUUGUUUUUGCCUUGUAACGUACGGAUUAGAGGUGUUUUUGUGACAUUGAUGAUGCCGGUAUCGACUCUGGGUUUGGUGUCGGUUCACACUGAAGUUCUGUGCGGUUUAAAGACCUUAAUGUUUAAGGAGGAAACCAUCUGAGCUACUAGCUGUCCAGUUUAAAACCUAUACUGUCAUAGUGAAGCACUUUUAUUUACCUCUUUUAUUCCCUUCCAGUAUUGUUGUUUGAGUUUUACCAGCUGUAUUGGUAUAAAUAUGCUCUUGUUAUUUUAGCCUUUAAUAGCCACCGUAGUGUCUUUGAGAGUCUGACUUAGCGAUCAAACUGUUUUUGAAACAUGGAUAGUUUACAGAGCGCUUGGAGAUUGAUAUCUGUACAAAAGUGAACAUUUAUUUCUUUUUAAUUAGCGUUAGAAAUAAAAAUCCUUGAAAUGGUUGUUCAGUUUGAUCAGAUUAGGAGAUAUCCGUCAGCCUUGUUGCUGUGUUCUCGUUGAUCUCCUUGAGAUCUAAAUGACAUCAAACUUAUUUUUGAAGUUUGCAUUUACCCUGUUGUAUUAAAAAAGUUUCAUUAAAAAAGUCUCUUCCAUCAUAGAAGUCGUAAACUGGUUCUGAUUUCAUAGCUUCAGUUCAGUAAAGAGAAAGCCCACAUUUCAUGUCUGCUCUGAAGAAGCUGCAGAGCGUCAUUUACACACCAGUGGAUGUUUGAAUAUUUAUUGUGUACAAAAAAAUGUGAAAUAAAGAUACCUUAAGUGAGAUGAACAA